UGUCUUGAAAAUGGCAUCUAUUCUUGAAUUGGCGCUUGAUAGAAAAAUCACCGUAGAGCACGUAGUAUUAUGGCUUUUAUCAAAAGGGAAAGAUAGUGGCCUUCCAGAAGAGAUCAUACAACAUAAUAAAAUAAGACAAGAAUUCAUUCCCUACUUUUUAAACUACUUACGUGACCAGACAUUACAUUUAUUACAGAAUUCUAAAUCAUUUAACAACUCUCCUUCCAAAACACCAUCUUCGAAUAAUAAUAAUACAAAUAAGUCUGUGAAGAAAUCAAAUACUGGAAGUUCAAAACGAACACAACUCUUUGCUGCCAGUCCUUUAGAAAGCUCCUCAAGUAAGGAUCUCUGCAGUCCGAUAUUAUCUCCUCAUAAUGGAAAUGAAUCCCCGGUGUUUCGUGGAUCAGCAGAUCGUGGGAAACGGUCAGAUCCUAAAGGUGGAUAUCAAAAUAAACACAAUUCUCCUGCAGGUACUCCUGACCCAAAUAGAUCUAAAUAUAAACUUAGUCUUGGUGAAUACAUGAUGUCUCCAGAUCCCACACAAAGGAGAAAAUCUGGAUGUAAGGAAACUCCUGAUUCAUCUCCUCUCUUCUCCCCAGCUGAGACUAAAAACAAACAUUCUGGAAAGAAAAGAGCAACAUUAUACCCAGUUGGUAAAAGUAGUGGUAUAUCAAAAGAAUCUUCACCUGUAUUUAGAUUGUCAGAUAAUGAUUUUCCACCUGUUACAAAGAACAGCCAAAGAAAUGAUGAAACUCCUAAACCAAAGCGGCGUAUAAACCCCACUCAGCUAUUACCAGAUGCAAAGAAGUAUGCUGUGGCAAAAUUUCAGAAAUUUGCAGAAGUAGUAGAAAAACCACAGAAUAAUAUUCCUAGCCGAUCCCAAAGUGAUUCGGCUAUACCAACUAUAGACAAUGAGAACAUUUGCUUAGCCGAUGAAAGAGAAUUAUUAAGGAAAGAGAAAGCCAAAAGACAGACGAGUAAUAAUGAAGUUGUUUCCAGCCCUGUGAACAAAAGCAUAUCAGUUUUAACACCAUCUAAAUCAAGUGUAGAGCGUCAAUCUAGUAUUAGCAGUAAUAGUGAAUUUGUUCAAGCCAAGAUGGAGAGUGUCACCUACAAAGAAAAGCUAGAUAUUAUAGCAGAACUUUAUUCAAGAUGUCUUGAUGAGCACUUGUUUCCAAAUAUUUCUGUAGAGCUAUAUUUUUUGACACAGUUGCUGACAUCUUUAUCAGAGGAGAUAAAGACAGAAUCAAAGACUAUAAAUGAUGAUUUGGAAGAUGUCAGUUUAUUUUUAACAGUACAUAAUGCAGUUUACUUCUCAGUAUCUGUUCUAAAAAAUCAAUUACACCUGUUGAAGUAUUUAGAUAAGAGUGUAGUAAAAUUGUUGGCUGAAAAUAAGCGAAUUGUAGAUUUCUCUCCUGCACUUCAAAAUGAUUUAAUGAAAUUGUACGAACAGUCUUCAUUUAUCAAGCGCUCAGCAUUUUGUCCAAGAUCUCCAAUUGGUGGUGUAUCAUUUCAAGCCGAUACUGAUAACAGAAAAAACUUCCCUAACGAUCGUCUCUUUCAUCUCUUCAAGAAGCAAAGAGAUAUGUUUUAUGAGUUAAUAAGAGAAUGGGAAGAGAAGAGAUUAUCAAAUGGUUGGUCUGUAUCGGACAUGUUAGGUGAUAGAAUUAGAUAUUUAAUCAAUGUUAAAACAGAUCUAGCCAAUCAUCUUCAUUUUGGACGACUUUUUCUCUCCCAGUUGAUAUCGAUGUGUAAAGGAGAUGGAACUAUUAGAACAGAUGAUGACGAUGAUAAUAUAGCAUUAUUAGCCCAUUUGAAAAAAACUAAUCCAGAAAAAUUUAAAAGAUUACAAGAAAGAUUCAUUCAACCAUUCAGUGUUGGUGGACCAUGUCCGCCAUCUAGUUUUCCUGGCAACCAGGAAUUUUUUAGAGAGUUUAUUUUAUGUGCUUCAAGUCCUGUUUUCAAUCAACAUUUAUCAAAUAUCUUUACAGCUAAAAUUAAAAAGCUGAAUAAUACAGAAUUUUGUCAGAAAGCAUCUGCAGAAAAUCAAGAAGCAGAAGGUGUUAAUCAGGAUCAACAUCAACUAUUUGCUUCUUGUUUAUUGACACUGAGACUGCUUGGUAAAUUUCUGGGAUUUGUGACAUUUCUACCAUAUCAAGCUACAGAUAGUUUACCCGAUAGUAUACAGUCUAAUUAUAUAGAACUUAGAAAUAAUCAACCUCAUCAGCUAGAUGUUUUAGAAUUAAUUCACCUGUCCCUUGCUACAUGUCAUUUAACGUUAACAAUACCAUGGAUUAUAGAGUAUUUGAGUAUGAUGGAUAAAACAGCUCCUUUAUUACAUUAUUAUCAACUGGUACUAUUUACACUACAAUACAUACACAAGUUAUCGUGGAAGAAGGUUGGAGGAAGUAAUUAUGAAUUUGGAUAUAUGUUAUUGGUGGCCAUGUUAGGAUGGUUGUUUGAGAGUCCUGUCAUGCCUCAAGGUAUAUUUUUGAUGGAAUUAUCAAAUGAUAUAACCCAAUAUAAAACUGCAGAAUCCACUUUGAUGCCUCUUGAUAAUUUAGAAUUGGUGAAUCGAGAACUUUUAUAUACAGUCUGUCCAUAUAUAGGUGAAAUGAGAACAUUAUUAGUCGAGUUUGCUGUAGGGGCUAGUAGUCGACCUACAAUACGUAAAAUAACACCUGUAGCAGCUGAUGAUUUACCUGAACCUGAUACAUCUACAAACAUACAGACCCAACUUGAAGAAAACUUUUUUCACAAUCACCCGUCAUCAUUAAAGAGAACGGUUGAGUUUGUAUCUGAAAGAACAGCUUCGAAUUUUAUCAAACAUUUUCGAGCUACGGAUCUUCCUGUUUCUAUCGAGGAAUCUAAGUCAAGGCUGAAUAAACUCUUGAUCUUAUCUAGUGGAACGUCUCCAGCUACUAAAUUAAAAGAUAGAUCACAGAUAGAAUAUAAGAAAUUAGCCCAGACUAUUUGUGAAGAAAUUAGAAAGAAAGUUUCAGAUUCAAAGAGAGAAUAUUGUUUGAAUCGUGUCAAGGCAGCUCUACAGUUACUUCUACCUGAUGAACAGACUCCGGCUGUUGUUACCAUGGCAGCUAAUAUAUCUUGUAGAAUGACAGAAGAACGAAUUAAACAUUGGAUGAAUAAUCACAUUACAACAAGUAUGUAUUUGAAAGAAGUAAAUGCGGAAGCUGAUCGAUUAUACAAAAAAGAACUAUUAAAUAAAUCACCUAACAAACAGGCAUCGCAGAAUGAAGAUGGCAGCACAGUAUUGGUUCCAACACCAGGAGUGGUACUGUCAUCACCUAGCUCUACCAUUGUCUCUGAACAUAGAGAAGACAUCAUGCCAUUAUCAGAAUUAUUGGUACAUUUUAUGGGUAUAGAUAGAGAGUUAACAGUACAUGGUAAUUGUAAUAUAGAUAGUACCAGAUUAUUGAUGUUAUUAAAUACAGCUCAUCUUAUUGUAUUAUAUAAAGAGGACACCCUUCCCCAGUCAAUUAAAUCAUUAGCUCAAAUUGUUUUAGAUUUGUGUCUAACUGUAGUUUGUUGUAAGCCAGAUUUAUUUACCAGUGAUUAUAUUGAUGUAUGUAAAUUAUUGUGGACAACAGAUUUAAAACAUCAAACUAUAUUCUCUACAGUAUCUUCUAUAAGAUGGCAUUAUAUGUUAUACAAUAGUUCAAAUAAACAGAUUUCCAGGAAGAAAUAUAUUUUAUUUAUCAUUAUGUUAUUAGAAGACGAAUUGAUAUCUCCACAAGUAUAUGAAAAUGGUUGUUUAAAAGUGCUGAAAAGUUCAUCUAUAUAUCAUGACUAUAUAGAGGAAAAUCUCUGUGAUAUUGUGCAUUAUUUUAAAUCAAGUUCUGAGAAGAAAUUAAAUGUUGACUUUACCGAGACAUUAGAAUGGAUAAAAUUAAAUAACAGUGAUAAACUUUGUGUGAAUAAUAAACUCUCGAAUCUGAUCAUUGAAAGCUGAUACAGCGACAGUGUAAUUGUAAAAUAGAUCUAAUAUGUGGCCAGUAAAUUUAUAUU